GUUAUACAGAAGUAGAUAAAAUCGCAGAGGUCCUUCAUCAGCUGUGCAAGCAAAAUGCUUAUCAAUAUAUACCGACUUCAUAGAUUAGAUAUUAGAUAAGACAUUAGAUUUUAGAUUAGAUAUAUUAGAUAUUACAUCUUAGAUGUAUUUUUACACUGAUGGUCUAGAACCUGAGGAGUGUUUUAAAAUCCCACAAGCUGGUUUACUUGUCCAUGUUUUUGCUUGAGCAAUUUCCUCCUUAUAGCCUACGUACUGAAAAUUUGACUACCCAUAUUUCUUCUCUUUUAUUCUAAUUGCUCUCAGGGGAGCAUGACAGUUCUUUAUGCCCAAAAACACGAGCAAGUUCUCGUAUUCUGCCCCCACCCUACACACACGCGCACACACACACACACACACACACUGUUGCUGUUACCUCUUCUCUCUCUCCCUCCUCCCUCCAGCACGCCCUCGCACACAUUACGCAUUAGAGAUUCCGACGCUGCCCACCACUGUGGGCACCCGCGCACGGAGUAUAAACCAUCCAACAGCUCCCGGUGUCCUUCAGUCGCACCGACUCGAGCUAGUGCACCAGAGCUGACCGUCAGCGGAGAUAGCAGGCACGUCCUCGCGCUCAGGCUAACUCGCUCUCGGUUUUUGUUCAGGAUGGAAACUCGUUCGGCUGCGCGGAGAACUCGAACAUCUAACGCUCACAAAUUUAAGAGUGGACUGUCUCUGUGGUUAGUGGUGUGGCUGCUGGCAUGUCGUUGCGCUCCAGGGCUGGCUUGCCCAAGGCUAUGCGUGUGUUACCACACGCCCAUGACCGUCAGCUGCCAGUCUCAGAACUUCACGUCCGUUCCUGCUGGCGUGCCGUACGACUCCCAGCGUGUCUUCCUGCAGAACAACCGCAUCACUGAGCUCAGGGCCGACUCCUUCGGCUUUGAGACACAGGUCUUAUGGCUGUAUUCAAACAACAUCUCAUGGGUGGAGGCAGGUGCAUUCAGUAACCUGCGCGUGUUGGAAGAGCUGGACCUGGGUGACAACCCGUCACUGCGGCGGCUGGAUGGUGGCACUUUCCGUGGCCUGGAGCGUCUGCAAAGCCUGCACAUGCACCGGUGCCGCCUGUCCGAGCUGCCUGCCGACCUCUUCCACAAGCUCUACAGCCUACAAUUCCUCUACUUGCAGGAGAAUGAAUUGAGCCACCUGCCUGACGGCCUCUUCUCUGACCUGGUCAACCUCACACACCUCUUUCUGCAUGGUAACCGCAUCCGCAUGCUCUCCGAGAAUGCCUUCCGUGGCCUGGUCAACCUUGACCGGCUGCUGCUCCAUGACAACCGCAUCCGUCAGGUGCACCGCCGUGCAUUCCGUGACCUGGGCCGCCUCACUAUCCUUUACCUGUUUAACAACGCCCUGCAGGAGCUGUCGGGCCAGGUCAUGCGUGACGCCUCUGGCGUGCAGUUCCUGCGUCUCAAUGGCAACCCAUGGGCGUGUGGCUGUGAGGCUCGCUCACUGUGGGAGUGGUUCCGCAAGGCACGUGUCUCCAGCUCUGAGCUGGUGUGCAGCUCACCAGCACCACGCAAGGGCCAGGACCUGCGCUUCCUGCGUGAGCUGGACUUUGCCCUGUGUCCACUUCCCGACCCAGGCUCACUGGCUGGCACCACCACUACCACGUUCAGCACCAAGACACGCUGGUGGUUCUCCAAGAGCAAGCCAGCUGCUACCACCAAGGGUGUCUACCACAAGGGCAGUGACACGCUGAAGGCAUUCCCAUUCUCUUCAGUGAAGUCCAGCCACCCGGCAGCGGCAGCAGCCGCUGCAGCAGCUGCUGUGGCUGCCUCAUCAUCCAACCUCGCCCACAAGUAUGAGCUAACAGCGGAGGAGGCUGCCCUGCCAAAGGUGGAGCCUGAAGAGUACUGGGCCAACUACGGCAAUGAGGACUCCUCAGUCCGCUGCUUUGAGUUAGAGUGCCCGCCGGGUGACGACUCGCUUGCCCUUCCUUCCUCAUCCUCCUCCUCCUCCUCCUCUCCCUCAUUUCUGCUCUUGCUCUCUCUCUCAAUGCUGUAUCUCUUCCUUCACAUGCUCUUUGGCUGAGUGCUGCUGUGCUAAGCUGUUGCUCUCUCGUCUUUUACCCUUCUUUUCUGCAUUUGGCCUUUAACAGGGCCUGAUGCUGACAGGCACACUACAGCAGCAAUGCUGGACACAGGAGACACAAAGCUGGAAUACGCACACGCACACACACACACACACACACACACACACACACACACACACGCAUGCAGAUCCAAGCACUCACCCAUACACACGCUUGAGGAAAAUGUUUGGCUGUGCCCAGUAUAAUUUGGAAGAUAUAGUUAAGACUAUUGCUGUGUGAGGAUUAUACCCAGAAGACUUUGAUUGCACCUACUGCAAUCUUCACUUUUGCAAUCAGUGUGACAAAAAAUGGGGAGAUACAGAUAAAUAGACAGAGCUAUUCAGGACCAGGGAUAGAAAUGGAAAGGAAGUAAUUGUUGAUGACAUAUCAAUAAAGGAGAGAAAAAGCAACUCUCUCUCUUUCGCCUCUUCAGAAAUGCAUCAUCAUGAAGCAACUACCACCAGACAUGUAAAUAGCCAUCAUCUGACUCGCACAACUGUAAAUACGCUCAGCCUCACAAAAAUAUUUUGCAUGAAGUUAAACAGGAUAUCAAAAACCAUACAAACAUGUUGGAAAUGUCAUAGAGGUAGACUUAAGCCAGGCUGCGGUGCAGAUUUCCUCUCCUUCCUCUCCGUUGUCUGAACCCUGUGAGUGAGGAGUCUGCAAAGCAGGGCUGAGAAGAGUGCGAGAGGGAGGAACGAGUGCGAGAGCGAGGAAUGAGAUCGCGAGAGCAAGAAAUGAGAGCACGAGAGUAGAAAGAUGGAUCAGGUGUUUGUCUGCCUGCACCCAUUCCUGGAUUCGAGUUGCAGUGUUUGUCCUGUGCAAAGCUUAUGUGAGCUGCGUCGGCAGUGUGGGUGUCAGGUCUGGCUAUUCAAUCUGUAUGUAGCUGUUUGAAUUUUGGAGUCAAACUGAACAAACUAACAACUGUGCUUUCUGUCCUCAAUCUACUGUAAAUAAACCAAACUAAUAAAAAAUUCUUUGUUACAAACUAAA